AUGGUUCAGGCACUUUCAAGCUCCCCUCAAAGGCUUCCGUCAAGCCCAACGGCGACUGCCCCCACGAGAUCGUCAUUUGAUCAAAGCCCUGACAGUCCGCCGUGGUCACCAGAAAUCGAGUCCAUUACCGAAAAACUGCAAAAUGAGCGCCAGGCAGAAUACAAAAGUUUCAAGCAGCCCCUUUCAUCUCCAUUGCGAAAUGGCCCAGGCUCAGGUCGUCUUCCCAAUUGUCGGAGCAGGCGGCAGAGCUUGCAGGCCCAACGACACCAAGCGCUGGAAAAAAGGGCCCUAAGAGCCCGAGGGGGAUCCACUCAAAUGGAGCGAGACGUGCUAAACUCAGAACGAGAUGCAGAGAUGAAACUGCUGGCAGCGCAGGCUCAGAUACACCAUUUGUCGCCGGAGGAGCUGGACAUAUUCGACUUGGACGGGGUCGACGACGAAAUUGACGAGGAAAACGAGGACGACGAGGAAAACGAGCUCAUAGCUCUGUUGCAAGAACGCGACGACUACGAAAACAUGCUCAGGCUCGAGCAAGCUUUUCUUGAAGAUGCAAUGGCCCAGAUCUCUCUCCAGGACUGA